AUGAGAAGUUCGUGGUUCGUGUCCCAAGUGCGUUACGUCUCGGAUAUUGAUAUCCAACAAGCAAUCAAUUACGAAUUCGAUCUUUCUGAAGAUGUUCCCAUCCGCGUCUAUCUCUCACUCUAUCUGCUGAUUCUGGUUGCUUCUCACAUCAUCCUAGCUCUGACAUCUCUACAGACAGUUCUACGGGAGGUGGAACUAAUCGUCAAGGGCGGUCCCACCAGUGACCAGACGAUAUAG